AUGGAACACACCCGAAAAUACAACAUCGCGGCCGCAUGGGCCCAGGGAGGCCAAGUUAAAGUCGUUGAAGAAGGAUUUGCCGAUGGACUAGUGACAUCACUUCAAUUUGAUGAGAAAUUCAUCGUCGUCGGUUGCGAUAACCAUCGAAUCGAAGUUUUUGAUACUAAUACAGGACAUAAAGUACGGACGUUAACCGGCCACGAAGGAGGCGUCUGGGCUCUUCAGUUCAUGGGAGGCACAUCGCAGGAUCCCGAAAGGACAUUGGUGUCUGGUGGUUGCGAUAGGGACGUGCGUGUGUGGGAUUUGAAUACCGGUCGAUUACGGCAUGUUCUUUCAGGCCACACAUCGACGGUACGAUGCAUAAAGAUGAAAGACAAGGAAAUUGCGGUGACGGCUGCACGCGAUGCCACGUUGAGAGCCUGGGAUAUUCGAAACGGUAAUCUGCUGCACGUUUUUCUUGGUCAUCAGUCCAGCGUUAAAUGUCUCGAUAUUGCGGAUGAUUUGAUCGUUUCCGGCUCGUACGAUUCAACAGCACGUAUAUGGGAUUUGACGACGGGCCAGUGUCGACAUGUGCUGGUGGGCCAUCUGUCCCACAUUUAUGCUAUUGUGACCGAUGGAUACAGGGUCGUUACGGGAUCACACGAGUCCCACAUCCGCGUGUGGUCGGUGGAAACGGGCCAAUGUCUUGCCACGCUGUAUGGGCACACCUCUUUGGUAGGACAACUGCAGCUGUCCGGCAAUGUGUUGGCGAGCGGCGGUUCGGAUGGAUGGCUACGCAUAUGGGACCUUCAGCGGUAUGAAUGCGUCCAGCAGAUUUCGGCCCACGAUAAUUCGGUGACUUGCCUUCAAUUUGAUGAUCGUCGUCUGGUCAGCGCGGGCAACGAUGGCCGCAUCAAGCUAUGGGACAUGAAACAGGGAAAGUUAAUACGCACCCUCACCCAGCCUUCGAAAACGGUAUGGAAGAUCCAGUUCACCGAAACCAAAGCCGUUGUCCUGAUGCAACGGCGGAGAUCACCCGAAGCCGAAGGCGCGAAAACGGUCAUGGAGAUUCACAAUUUUGAUUUUGGCAAUUAA